AUGUCGAAGCAACGUGAUAUCGACAUUGCCCCGGUGGGCAAUGAGUCAAGCAAUACUCAAGAUGACCACGGACUUUCGUCUGAUCUGGAGAAGGAAUCGCAACCUUCAUCAAAUAUGCAGGCCGGAGUACAAAAAGCUGAUCUAUUGCGCGAAGCAUGGACGAAGCAAGGUCUUGUGAUGGUUUUUUCAGGUCUUUUACUAUGUACAUUUGCCAUCAACUUCGCGGAUUAUUCGACUCAAGUGUAUACGCCCUACACAACCAGCUCAUUCAAACAACAUUCCGCCAUGAGCGCGGCGAAGGUCGUGAUGAACAUUGCACGCAUUUCAGCGUAUCCUAUCAUCGCUAAACUAGGUGAUGUCUUUGGCAGAGCUGAGAUGUUCAUCUUCUCAAUCUUUGCUUCGGCUCUCGGGUACGUGAUUUAUGCUGCUUGCACAAAUAUUGCUCAAUACAUUGCAGCCGGUAUAUUUGAGGCUAUCGGAUCCACUGGAUACGCUCUUACACAACAAGUCUUUGUGGCAGACAUGACUUCGCUCGUCAAUCGCGGCGUAUGGUCUACCCUCCCAGACUCCUUAACAACCAUUCCAACCCUUUACAUCGGGACAACCGUCGCAGAACGCAUCCUCGAUAAUUCUACAUGGCGCUGGGGAUGGGGAAUGUGGGCGAUAGUUUUACCUGUGGCAUCAGUGCCUCUUAUAGGGACAAUGCUCUUCUAUCAACGCCGAAUCCCGAAGACAAAAUCACAGACGAGCAGCUCACUAGACCUGGAUCCUGGACAGCCUUUGUGGGAAAAGGUAUUUCAAUUGUUCUGGUUUCAACUUGAUCUGCCCGGUGCGAUAUUUCUUCUCGCCGGAUUGUCUCUUCUCCUCGUUCCGCUUUCCUUGACCGGCACGACAAAUAGCGAUUCUUGGACCCGUGGAUCAUUUAUCGCUAUGCUGGCUCUUGGCGUUGUUUUUCUAAUUGUCUUUUUUAUUUGGGACGCAUGGUUUGCCCAACAACCUUUCGUACCAUACCGCAUGAUCAACAACCGCACCGUUGCAGCUGCUUGUCUUCUCGGGGCACUUGACUUCUUUCAUUAUUCAGUCUUCACUGUUUUCUUCACUAGCUACCUGCAAGUCGCAGGGCACUUCUCCGCGGGUCCUGCAACGCGAAUUGACAACUCGCUUCGCGUCGCUUUCCAGGUUGCCGGCAUAUUUGCCGCAUUCUUUAUGAAGUAUACCAAGCGAUCCCAGAUUUGGGUUCUGAUUGGUGUUCCACUUUGUGUUCUUGGAAUGGGUGUUCUGCUAUAUCUAGUAGAUAUGGGUGGUGGCCGAGUGGGUAGCGAAGUCUCAUUUAUAACGGCCAAAUCACUCAUCGGAAUUGGUCGUGGCUUCAACCAAACCGCCGCUCAAGUCUCGGUUCAAGCAGUCGUAACACGCCAAGAAGUCUCUGUUGUUACUGCGGUUUUCUUUGCUUCAAUGAGUGUUGGUGGUGCUAUUGGUACUAGUGUGGCUGGCGCAAUUUGGAGAAAUACUCUCCCGAGCAAACUUCGGCAGUAUCUACCGGAGGAGCUGAAAAGUCAAGCCAACUCCAUAUUCAGCUCCAUAGUCGUUGCUAAAAAGUAUGCUGAGGGCACUGAUGCUCGAAAUGCAAUCGAUCGCAGUUAUCGCGAGUCACAGAGACUUUUGGAAAUUGCGGGAUUGGUUUCCUUGUCGCUGAUGCUCAUUGUGAUGUUCUUCCUAAAGAAUAUCAAACUGGAUGAGAGUGGACGAGCAAAUACCUCUGAGACAAUUGAAAAUGACGAAGCAACAACUUCUGAGCGGGAUAAUCAGAACAAGGGUAAAGGUAACUAG